AUGGCUUUCCAUUCCAUUGAUGUCGACAAACUGGCCCGCGAGAUAGCAGUAUCCGUCCGACAACUUCUAGAGACGUCCACCUCUGGUCACGAGGGCUUCCAACUGGAAUGCAACCUGGUUAGCAACUAUCCGGGCACCCAAUGCCGUAAAGUUGCAUCAAUCGACAUUGCCACCAUUCUCCGCCAAACUCCUGGUAAUGGUAAUAAUGCUGGCAUUGACGAGGCAGACCCAAGCUCAAAUCCUCACAAUGGGUAUGAAGCGUCCGUCUCUCCAACGAAUACUGCACGAGGCAGGCCCUCAAGUGCUCUGGCGCCAACAUCCGACCACAACGCGAGACCUGCGAAACGGCGUGCCAUAGGCGGCUUGAGUUUGACCACAUCUGCCGCCACUAAGCCAAGUACUGCUGUCAGAAGGCUUGAGAGUGAUGUGAGAUUCUUUCCCCAGCGAAAAAAACGAUUACCAGACACCCCAAGUUUGCAGCCUAGCACCUUCUCCAAAUUCAUCAAUGGCAUAUGGGAGUCCAUCUUCUCCGGCAAUCGACUGGAUCCAGGCGAGGUCAUCGAGCAGUGGCAAGCAAUCGAGCUUGGUGGACAGCCUCGUCUCCUGACAGAUACCGAAACGGGUCUGCAAAAUCAUAGUGAUUCCCUUGUGCUGGAGAAGUUUGGAAAGAUGACCGUUCUCGCUCGCAAGAUCACCCAGACUUCCAAGGUCUGUCGAUCGCUGGAAGUCAUCGUUCAGGCACAUUGGGUGGAUGCCUUUGACGAUCGAGUCGCGGAGCUGAGUAUGACCACAUCCAAAGAAAAGGCCAAAAAGACGGCUCUCUCCGAGGCUUGCACGCACUUUGGCUGGAGCGACAAGGAGAUUAGGAAUCGAAUGGCCGUUUGGCGUGGUUAUGCCGAGAUAAAGCGGGCUGGCGGAUGGGCUGCACUGGUGUUUGCCGGUAUGGGUCUUUAUCGUUUCGCCAAGUAUCGAGUGGCCUUUACAGAGGAGACUUUUUCCACACUACGCGCGUUGAAGCAUCGAUUUGAAGUCGCUGCAGACACCUUACAUCCCACUUGGAGAACACUAUUGGCCAUUGCAGGCGAAUCAACCGAACGAAUAUACGAAGGUCAUCCCCACGACUGGGUAGUCUGCGGCCCAGGAAACCAAGCCCUACCCUUAGCAAGCACCUAUCACAAAUGGGAUGCAAAUUUCACCUACCAGCAUCUAGAAGAAUGCACAAUCAACGAAGAAGUCUGGGGUCUUUUCGAUCCCCGAACAGUAACAACUUCUUUAAAUGCCGACCCGGCGGGGGCUUCUCAGACAUGUUGUCUUGCAUGCGGGGAGAUUCAAGCCGAUGAACCACAUACUAACCAUUGCAUGUGUUUUCCCAAUCUCUUCGGCGGGGCAAAAUUACCUGGAAAUGUGGCUGUGCAGGUUUUCCAGACAGCUAAUGGCAAGAAUAAUGGUUUGUUGGCUUGUUGUGCUUUUGAAAGGGGGGCUUCUGUGGGGGAAUUUGUGGGGGAAAUUACUAGUGGUCUUUCCAACCUAGACGUCAUGGUAGGAGAAACCGAUAAAGCAGCCUAUCAAAUCUGGCAAGGCAAGCAAGGCAACCACACGAAAUUCAUAAACCACUCCUGUUCCCCCAAUAGCCAAUUCGAAAGAUUCAUCUGGCGUGGCACACAAAGAAUCGUGUUGGUGUCUAAAGGUAUUGAAGCUGGUGAGGAGAUUACUGUUGAUUACUCGGAUACUUAUUGGAGAGAUCUCGAUAAGGUCUGCAAAUGCGCAAGUACCAAGUGUAGAUAUCAAAGACGAGCAACAGCACUGGCGGAGAUUACUUGA